CACGGUUCACGACCGACAAAUAUUUGAGCACUGAAAGUCUUUGGCCGUGGGAGAGGCGGGAAAUGGGUGCGUUGUACGGUUGUACGUAUAAUCUUAACCUUAUACGUAACGUUGUAGUAAGCCUUAAACAUAAUGCAGAAGUCUUCUAGAAUAAAACGUGAACUCGAGAACAUAAUAAGAAAUCCUCCGCCUGGAAUUUCUUGUGUUCAGAAAGGAGAUUCUCUUGAUGUUCUUGAUGCUAGUAUUAUUGGGAUGAAGGAUACACCAUAUGAAUCUGGUGUUUUUAAAAUUGAGAUACAAAUUCCAGAGAAAUACCCAUUUGAACCUCCAUGCAUGCGUUUCAUAACCCCAGUGUACCAUCCAAAUGUAGAUGUAGCUGGACGGAUAUGCCUUGAUUUGCUACGUCUCCCCCCAAAAGGAACGUGGCGUCCAGUGAUAACACUUAGCGGCUUGCUGACUUCUGUACAAAUGUUGCUAGCACAACCAAAUCCUGAUGAUCCCCUUAUGACAGAUAUUGCCGACGAGUACCGUUUCAACAAGCCCGAGUAUGUCAGGAAGGCUAAAGAAUGGACAAGGAAACAUGCAUUUCAAAACAUGUCAAAGGAAAAUGAAUAGAUAACAAUUUGAAAAUAAUUCAGUACACAAAUAGUCUAAGCAAGGCUGUGAUUUUGUGAUUUGUUACUUUGGUAUUAGGUCAUUUUGACGGAAACAAAUGCAGAGCUAAUCCUGAUUACUUAUGAUACAAUCAGAAGAUGGCAGUAAAUGACAGUGUGUCAAUUAGUGUUACAUUGUCAUCAUGCAGUAUCAUAGUGUUCUUUGUCUGGAAAAGGAAAACUCUGUACUGUUAUCACUGUGCUUAUUUUAUCAGGCUGUCUUUCCAGAACUUUCCAAGUUCAUAGUAUGCAUAUUUGUAAAAUCAUGAUUUCAAAAUAACCCUCAAGGACUAUGAGGUAUACAUACAUACAUACAUACAUAUACUUCACAUCUCACAAGUCCAGAAUACAAUGGACAUGAAACUGGUCACAAGCAUAACACAAACAAAGCAGAAUGACAAUACAAAGCUAAAAGAACACUGUAAUUAUUUACUGUAUGCUCAAAAAAUUCAUCAACUGCAUAAAAUGAGUUAUUCAUGAGAUAUGAAAAAUAAAUUAUUUUUAAAACUU